AUGAAGCAGUGUGAUCGUGGUUUGUCUCCUUUCGCUCCACCAUUUGCAAUCGGUUCUUCUUUCGCUGCUUCUGAAUCUGAUCCCGAUGAUUCUUUCUGGGGUGAUUUCACUUUCGAUUUCUCCUUUUUGACAUCCGACGAUCAGAAAAGUGGUGUCGGUGAUGAUGAUUCUCUAUCUAAUUUGUCACGCCUUGCGGAUUCCACCACUGUUCCUCCUCCUAAAGCGGAAGAAUCAGAGAGAUAUGGUUUAGCUGCUUAUGGGUUAGGAGCUAAGGGAGAUUUUGCACUGCCUGUGAAAGACCAGAGGUUCGAUCUGGAAAUAAGGAAGGGUGGAAAUUCUGAUUCAUUUCUCAAGCUCCCAGAUUUUCUUGACUCUGAUUUGAAGUGUGUGGAUUCUAAGCCUCGAAUUUCUCCUUCGUUAGCAGUGGUUCCACUAAAAGCAUCGGGUCUUGGAGUUACUCGUAUAACUCCAGUGGCUAAGAAUGUUGUGGUAUCUAAUGAUAACUCUGGUGAUGAUGAAGCAGAGGGAUGGCUUCCCUGCACCAAGGACAAGUCAGCUAUGGUGAGGAAAGAUAUUAAUGUAAGCAAUUCUAGUCCACUCUUCGCCAAAAUGUCGAAAUCUUUUAUACCUUCUGACCAAGAUGACGUUGAGGUGGAUUCUCCUUGCUGGAGAGGGACACAGUCUCACAAUUCUGCGGCAUCAGGUACCAUGUCAUUGAGUUUCAGGCGUUCUAGCGAGGAUCUAAAUAGUCUUUAUCGAUUGAAUCCUUUGGCACCUCAGUUUAUACCAUCCAGCGCUAAAAAGAACCUAGACAAGAACGAGAAGGAAUUUGAAGAAAACAGUUCUUCGUCUUUGAAAAGGUCUCUGUCUUCAACCUUUCCACCAUCAUCAGGAGAGUUCAGCAUUACCGAUCCUUCUGAAGCAGAGAUUCCACAAGAUUCCGGCCAAAAGAACAGAAUAGAGAUCCUGAUCAACGAUGCGGAUGAAAGUUUGGGUUUAAUAUCGCAAGAUAGUGUUUCCAAGACUAUGAGCAUAUUGGAUAUUAGCAGUCAGUUUCAAAUGCCUAAAAAGCUGGAUCCUUUGGCCCCGGUUUUUGUUCCUGCUAGUGCAAAACUAAGUGCAGUUGUCCAUGAGAAGCAUGGUGUAGCAGAUCACAUGAUAGCCAUUGAGACAAAUGCUCAGUCAUCUUAUGCUUUAAGUGCUUCAGAGGAUAUGUUCUUAAAUAAUGCAGAGGUUGCGACACAUUCUUCAGAGGUCGACCAUAGUUCUAGUAACCCCUACUCUAAUUAUGUUCAUGAGUCAGGAAGAAGCUAUCCAUUCAACCCCCGGCUUGGAUCUCAAGUUAAGAUUUCUGAGAAUACAAAACUGGAUAGUUCCAGCAAUAAGUCUCGUGUUCCGAAGAAGCUUAAUCCUCUGGCCCCACAGUUCUCGCUAGCAGAUACUAAACAAAAAGUAUAUGGCUGUGAAAACAACCAAGCUGCUAAUGAUUUCCCCUCCCAAGUGAAUUGUUCCGUUUUGUUCUCUCCUCCUGGCUAUAGGAACCUUAAAGAGCAACAUCCAGGCUUUGCACAAUCCUCAGUUGAUGCAGAGCCAUCUUUUAAUGAAGUUGGUACAAUGCAGAUGGAACAUCUCCCUCCCAUCACAUUACAUGGAAAUUCUUCACUAAAGUAUGUCUCUUAUCAACCCACAAAGGUAGAUGAUAACUUUGUGUCUACUGGUAAGCUUGCGGUGGACCCAAAAGCUGUAAUUCCAGUGAAGGAUAAUAACGAUUUUGGAAAUCUUCUGCCUUUUCAUAUCUUCGAACCUGCAGUGAGCUCAUCUUCGAGCGAUGUGAAAUAUGUAUCUGACUUUGGCCAGAGACAUGGCUGUUCCACAUCAUCACCAUCUCCAAAAAUGGAUGUUAAGAAACUCCUUACGACGAUGCAUGGGCUGUCAGAGUUGCUAACACAUGUUCAUGGACCAGAAUCUUCAGAUUUACUAAAUGAGCAAGAUCUUGAUCUCAUCAACUGUACUGUACAGAAUCUCAAUGCGUACGCCAAUAGCAGAGUUCAGGAGCAUAAUGGGAAUUAUUCAAGCUCUGUACACAAUCCAUCUGAUUUCAAUUCUUUGCCUAGUAUGCGUAAGCUAUCGAUUAAAGACCAUCGGAUACCAAAGGCGGAGAACAUGAGUGCCAACCUUGAUGUUAAAAGGCAAGAGAAGUACUCCAUGGUCUCAGGGGAAAUAGGAGCAGAUUCUCAUUUUGAAUAUGGUGUAACCAAAGAAAAUGGCUUUGGCAAGGUUUUAGGGAAUUAUCAAACGGAAGAGCAGAUCAGCCCACAGGUGUUCUUCUAUAAAAGUUUAUGGCUCAAGGCUAAAGCAGAUAGGUCUUUGAUGGAAUACGAAACAUUUCUAUCGAAAACAAGAGUUUGA